AUGCCAAUCUAUGUGAAGUUCAUGAAAGAGGUAAUGUUAAAGAAGAGGAAAUUGGAAGAAUAUGAAAUGAUGAAGUUGACAGAAGAAUGUAGUGUAAUCCUUCAAAAGAAGCUCUCCCAGAAAAGGAAGAAUCCAGGUAGCUUCCCCAUUCCCUGCACUAUUGGAGAUUCUUCUUUUGAUAAAUCUCUUUAUGACCUUGGAGUCAGCUUAAAUCUGAUGCCACUCUCAAUAUUCAAGAAGUUAGGCAGAUCUUUCCUAGCAACUGGGGGAGCCUUGAUCGAUGUCCAGGGAGGUCAGUUAACCUUAAUAGUAAAUGAAGAAGAUAUGAAGUUCAAUAUAUACCAGGCAAUGCAAUUUCCAGAUGAUACAAACACGUGCCACAGAAUUGACUUCAUUGAUGUUGUAGUAAAAGAAGAAGAGUACUAA